AUGUCAUCCAAUUUUUACAAUAUACCUGGAUCCCAUAAGCCUUCUGAUGAUUCGUCCAUAAUAUCCUCCCCCUUGCUCAAUCCGAACAAAAAAAACCCUAUUUCAAAAUAUACCACAUCUGAGAAUAGCAAAAACCAUAAAAGCUACCAAUCUAUCCAACGACAACCCUCAUUAAGUUACUUUAGUGCAAAUUCCAAUUCUGCAGCCAAUAGGAAAAUAUCAAGUAAAUAUGACCCAGCAAACCCCAAAAAGGAUAAAUUAGGUACAUUUGAUGGAUGCUUUGUUCCUACAGCUUUAAAUGUUCUUUCUAUUUUAAUGUUUCUUCGUUUUGGGUUUAUAUUGGGCCAGAUGGGUGUGCUAGGAACUUUUGCCCUUUUAAUACUAUCCUAUUUGAUAGACAUGCUAACAACGCUUUCUGUUAGCGCGAUAAGUACAAACGGAACUGUCAGAGGCGGUGGUGCAUAUUACAUGAUAAGUAGGUGUUUAGGUCCUGAAUUUGGCGGAUCCAUUGGUCUCAUUUUUUUUUUGGGCCAAAUAUUGAAUAGUGGUAUGAACGUGGUUGGUAUUAUAGAACCAAUAAUGUAUAAUUUUGGCGUUGAUAAUGGCGUGAUGUAUCAAAUAUUAACACCAGGAAAAUGGCAUGAGUUUUUAUACGCUACUUUACUUUUAGCCGUUUGUUUUGCCAUUUGUAUGGUCGGUUCUCAAUUAGUUAGUAGAGCAGGUACUAUCUUGUUUUGGUUAUUGUUGAUGGCUACUUUUUCCAUUCCCAUUAGUGCAUUACUAAUGCCAUCUUUUGAUAAACAUGGUAUUGUGUAUACUGGUUUUAGUUUCCAAACUUUAAAGGGCAAUCUACUUCCCCAUUUUACAAAAGGCGCUGCUGGUUCUCUAUUGCCAACAAAAGAAAAAUUUAAUGACUUGUUUGGGAUCUUUUUCCCAGCAACAGCCGGUAUUUUUGCUGGCGCAGGUAUGAGUAGCGAACUUAGAAAACCAUCCAAGAGUAUCCCAAAAGGUACUAUAUGGGGGUUGCUUUUGACUUUUGUUUGCUAUUCUUUGGUUAUUAUUUCUUUGGGAGCUACUGUUCCAAGAAAGUCUUUGCACCUAGACGUCUCCAUUAUUCAAACCAUCAGUGGAUGCCAAGUGUUAAUUUUACUGGGAGAAUUGGCCACCUCUUUAUUUUCCGUAAUUGUGGGUAUUGUGGGUGCAGCCUAUGUCUUGGAAGCUAUUUCAAAGGAUAGGAUAUUACCUGGACUAACAAUAUUUAGUGAAAAACCGAUUACUUCCCUUUUAUUAUCCUGGCUUCUGACUCAGCUGUGCCUAUUUAGUGAUGUCAACCAAAUUGCGACCUUCAUCACCAUGGCAUUUUUAAUGACUUUUAUUAUUAUGAACUUAGCAUGCUUUUUAUUGGAAAUUUCAUCAGCACCAAAUUUUAGACCGAGCUUCAACUAUUUUGAUAGGUAUACUGCAUUUACCGGCGGCAUUUUGUCUGUUGCAGCAAUGUUUGUUGUUGAUGGGAUCUCUGCAGUAGGUAUUAUUUGUUUUUUACUGUUAUUAUUUUUAUUUAUUCACUACACUUGCCCUCCUAAAACAUGGGGUGAUGUAUCUCAAAACUUAAUCUAUCAUCAGGUUCGAAAGUAUCUACUACUAUUGAAGCAAGAUAAUGUAAAAUAUUGGAGGCCGCAAAUUUUAUUAUUAGUAGACAACCCUAGGUCAAGCUGGACUUUAAUUAAAUUUUGUAAUAAUUUGAAAAAGGGUGGUCUUUAUAUAUUGGGUCAUGUGAUUACUGUUAAAAAGGCAAAUACUUUUCAAAAAAAAUAUAAUGAAUUGACGAUGCAAAAGACAGCGUGGGUUAAAGUUCGUGAUUAUUUGAAAAUCAAAGCCUUUGUGCAUAUUGGACUUGGACCUACGCUACAAUGGGGUGUAAGAAAUGUAUUUUUGGGUUCCGGCUUGGGCGGUAUGAAGCCAAAUAUUACUGUUUUAGGAUUAAUAGAAACUGGCGGAUCAAUGCCCUCAAUGGAUAAGAAUUUGUUUGACUUGCCUGAUAAUUUACCAACAGAUGAGUGCGGGAACGAGGAUAAAAUUACUGUCUGUCAAUGGGUCCAAUUGAUUGAAGAUUUGUCGUUAAUGGAGAGUAACAUUGCAGUAGCCAAGGGAUUUUAUGAAUUGGAAAUACCACAGGAAAAUUGUCCGGCUAAUCCCAAAAAAUUUAUAGAUUUAUAUCCGAUUCAAAUGUCGGCUAAAAUUUCAAAUGGCAAAACUUCAUCUUUAACCACAAAUUUUGACACUUACACUUUAAUUCUACAACUAGGUGCCAUAUUGAAUACAGUCCCGGCUUGGCAAGAAACACAUACUUUACGUUGCAUUGUAUUUGUUGAAAAUGAAUAUGAGAAAAUUGAUGAGUUCAAGAGAGUUACCAACUUAUUAAAUGUACUAAGAAUUGAGGCUGAAAUUUGUGUUUUAGUAUUGUCUCAAUUCAAGUUUUAUAACACUAUUGUUAAGGGCGAUACAAUCGCUAUAAACCAAAUAAACAAGCUUUUGUCCGGCAGUGUAUGGUGGAAAGAUUUAUGUGAAGCCAGAAAAAGAUGUGAUAUUUCAGGAAGAAGAUUUUCGUUUACUGACAAGAAAUACACAAUCAAAAAGGAUCUGCGCAAUGCAAACACCGUGGCCGCAUUACAAAGAUUUGGUGUUUCAUUGACAAUGUCGUCCAACAUGCCGACCGAUGCAGCCAAAAUGGCGGCUGGUAAAAACUUUGAUGAGUUAAGCGCUACUGACUCUGAUAAUUACAAUAACGAGGAAGCUUACUCUGACUCAGAAUCUGAUUUGAUGGUACAGAGUUUAAGUAGUUCUGUUGGAUCAAACACAGCAAAUAGAAGUGUGAAUUCUAUUAUUAACAAGUUUAGGGAUCCUAAACGUUUGUUUCCUAAACUAACACCCGUUUUCUCUUCAGAAGCAAUUCCUGAGACAAGAGUUGUAGAAGAUGCGUCUGGUGAUGAACCGUCCCUAAUCCCUGUAUCAGAACAACCUAAUGGGUUAGUACCACCUCCUAAUCGUAAGAUCAAGCCACAAUUAUCACCGUGUCAAUCAAAUGAAAGCUUAGUGCAAGAUUUGAAGAUGCUUUCUUUUAAUAAUAUUCCUCGUAAGGCACAGUUAUUGAUUUUAAAUGAUCUAAUGACUCAGAUGUCAGGAAACAAUCAUAGAACAAAUUUGGUUUUUUCCACAUUACCACUACCAUUAUUAAGGACACAUGAAGAUAUGAAGGCAAGCCAGGAAUAUGUUGAUGAUUUGAAUUUAUGGUUGGAUGGAUUACCACCUACAUUAUUGAUUAAUUCUCAAUCUAUGACAGUUACCACAGCCCUAUAA